UUCUUCAGAGUGUGAGCGGUUUGAUUGGGCCGGUCAACGACCAUUCAUCGUUUCCCCCCGCCAUUCGUCGCUAGCUUCAUCUUGCUCUGAUGUUAGUGUCCCUUUCUACCGAUCAUACACCUUUCGGGUCUUCCGCCUAGGACUACAAUAUCGAUUAUCGAUAAACAGGCCAAGACAGUCCACGCUCAUUGUCUUUCGCUAUCUGUUAUAAUAUUAUUACAACCGACGACGACCAACUGCCAAUAUGAAAACCGUCGCCGCUCUUGCUCUUGCGGGCACUGCUGUUGCGCAGUCUUGCUCAGAAUCACGUGAUGGAACCUUCAACAUCCAAAUCACCAACGUCACCUCUUCGCAAGCAAAGCGCAGUCUUUCGGCUCGUCAGCUCGACGGCACCCUUACCGUCAGCCUCCAGGAUGGUGUAUUGAAGGAUCAAGCUGGUCGCACGGGUAACGUCGUUGCGAACCACCAAUUCCAGUUCGACAGCCCCAUCCAAGACGGCUCCCUCUACCAAGAUGGCUUCGGUGUUUGCGAGAACGGUACUCUUACCCACCAGGGAUCUGCCAUCUGGUAUCAGUGCUUGUCGGGAUCCUUCUACAACUUGUACGAUGAGUCCCAGGGCGAGCAAUGCAACCCAAUCUACAUGUCUGCUGUUGGUGGUAGCGAAGCUCCCGUUUCACAGCAACCUGAUGGACAGCCCGAUGCUCCAACAGCUACCGCCACCGGCGCCCCCGUUACUCAAAUCAGCGACGGGCAGCCCCAAGGCUCCACUGAUACUCCUGCACCCGAAAGCCCAGUCGUCUCUCAGAUCAAUGACGGCCAGCCUCAAGCACCAACUGAUGCUCCUGCGCCCGCGCCCGAAGGUCCAGUUAUUUCUCAGAUAAAUGAUGGACAGCCUCAAGCCCCGACUGGUGCUCCUGCGCCCGCUCCUGCUCCUGCUCCGACUGAAGCUCCCGCACCCGCACCUGAAGGCCCAGUCGUCUCCCAGAUUAACGAUGGACAACCUCAAGCCCCCACCGGCGCUCCAGCUCCCGCUCCCGCUCCUGAAGGUCCAGUCGUCUCUCAAAUCAAUGAUGGACAACCUCAAGCUCCCACUGGCGCCCCAGCUCCCGCCCCAACUGGCCCAGCUGCACCUGAAGCGCCAGCGCCUGCUCCAGCUCCCGAAGGCCCAAUCGUCUCCCAAAUCAAUGAUGGACAGCCUCAAGCUCCUACUGGUGCUCCUGCUCCAGUUCCUGUUCCCGAGGGCCCAAUUGUCUCUCAGAUAAACGAUGGCCAGCCUCAAGCGCCCACCGAUGCCGGUGCCCCCGCUCCAACAGCCCCAGCUGCUCCCGAGGUCCCUGCCCCCGUUGCCCCUGCCCCCUCAGGCCCACUCGUCUCCCAAAUCAACGAUGGCCAGCCCCAAGCUCCUGUCGACACAGGCGUCCCCGCUCCCGCCCCAACGACUCUCUCCCCCUCCCCCACCGGCCCCAUCGUAUCUCAGAUCGGUGACGGACAGCCCCAAGCCCCCAUUGCCACGGGAAACAACACGUUCUCGAAUCUUUCGGCGCCUUAUAACCCCGAGGAUCAGUUCACUGGUGCCGCUGCGACUGCACAGAUGAUGGGUAGUGUUUGCGCAGUGGUUAUCGCUGUCUUCGCUGGGGUUGCGCUUUUGUAGACAGUUGUGGGAUGGAGGGUUAAUAAGGAUAUGGUUUUGUGCGUUUGUGUUUGUGUCGAAGAGAAAGUGUGAGGUGGGGCAGUGGGUAAUGGGUAAUGGGUGGGAGGAUUGUUGGGAUAUGGAUAUGGAUAUGGAAACAAAAAAUCCGGCAAAAUUGGAUAAUACAGAAUAAUAAUACGGACAUACAAAAUACAUCUUAACCACCAAAACUCUACUAUCAAAACUAAUCAUGUAAAAUAUCAAGCCGACGCAUUAUCAGGCCACUGGGAGGCUAUAUAAAGUUUUCUUUAUUUUCUUCUUUUUUUUUUGUCUGGCUUCAUCAACACCACGGCCAUAGCCUCGUAUCGCUAAAUACACUCCUUCAGCAACUACGGUAAUUCCUACAGGCAAAAACAUGUCCAGUGCUAAAACGACGGCUGUCCGCCCCGCGUCGCGGGUAUCCAAAGCUGCAAAGGCGACUUUAACGACGGUGUCAUCAACGAGGGGCAGAGACGUUCGAAAUCGUACGCGGUAGGCGAGAUGGCCGAAAUCAACGGCUGCGGGCUUUUCGAUUCCUCUGUUCGUUCCGAAGACCCCGCGAAUCAUCUCCGCGAAUUCUAUUGUCUGUAAAGGGAAGUUUUGUCUUCCUUCC